CAUUGCUGUUCUCGAUCGGAAUUGAUAUUGAAAUAAUAUUUAUUUUUGUUCAAUUAACUGAUUCUUCCUACUUCAAAUUUAAAAAGGACAUGGAAGUGGCAACGAGUGACUGUAUAAGCUGUCUUGGAGACGAAAAUUUGUUUAAUAUAUUCGAUACACACGAAUGCCAGGGCAAAGAAGAAGUUUAUGUUGUCAUGUUAAAAUCGUGUUUCGAUAUCACAAUUCAAGAAGAAAGUGGUAUUAAUGGAAUGUGUGAAAAGUGUAUAUUGAAGUUAAGGGAAGCUUACUAUUUAAAAAAUAACAUUAUUAAUAGUGUGAAGGUGCUCAGUAACCGAGUCACUACAGAAAUUGACAUGAGUUUUCCAAGCAUGGAUGACGCACAAUCGAGUAAUGAUGGAUACUAUGAUGAAGAUGAUCUAGAAAUACAGUUAGAUCCGGAGACAGGCGAUAUGUUUUACAUAGUAGUACAAAACGAUGGUUCGAAUAAAACAGAAAACGAUACACGACUUCACAAUAAGCAGGGCGAAACUAAUUUUGAAAAAGUAAAAGAAAAUCAUAUUGGAAAUUUAGAAAAACAAGAUGGCGGCAGUAAACAGCAACGAAAAACCAGGAGUAAUGAAGUAAAAGGCGAAAUAGACGAAAAUAUAAGCGAGAAAAAUGCAACUAGCCACGUGUGCGAGAAGUGUGGGAAGACAUUCCUAUCUCCAAGACAUGUCUCCAAGCACAUGUUGACGCAUGCAGACGGACCCCAUGUCUGCCAAUACUGUGGCAUGGUAUUCUCAAAGUUAAACACAAAAAACGCGCACGUGUGGCGAGUACAUAACACAAAGGAGCCGUACGUAUGCGGGAAGUGCGGGCAACGGUUCACAACAUUCCAUAAAAGAUUAAACCAUUUACUGCACAUACAUGGUGUAACCGCCGAAUAUCCUUGCCCAUACUGCGAGAAGACGUUUCCUUAUUCCGCUCCCAGGUCUAAACAUGUGCGCAGCGUGCAUCUGAACAUUCGCAACCACAAGUGUACAGAAUGUAAUAUGGCGUUCUUCAAGCGACGCGCCCUCUACGGGCAUAUGGCUACCAAACAUGGUAUAGGCGAGAAGCCGAAUAAAUGUCCUAUUUGUAGUAAGUCCUUCUUCAGAACCAAUACUCUGAAAUUCCACAUGAAAAGACACGAAGAGAAAAAGCGUAAAGCGAAGCAGUUAGAAGUCGAAUAUAAUUAUAAUCAUACUGGAGUGAUGGUUAUACUAUAAAUAGAAAGAACGCGCUAAAAAGAAACGCUACUUUUAAUGAGAGCAGUAAAGUUUUGUAUACUAGAGAGUUAUAAUAUUUGCUAGAUAAAGGUUGAACCACAUCUGUCAGCAGCUAUACAUCUAUCCUAUUCUAUUAUUCAGAACCGUCAUAUGUUAGAGCGAGAGAGAGCGACUGCACCCGGCAGAAUCGAUGAGACGAUAGCAUGCUUACGCACGCUACGCAUGCUUUAGCGUGCUUUCAGACGUGGUUCAACCCUAAAUG